AUGGUCAAGGGAACUAUUGCACUCCUGGCUUUGGCUGCCCCAGCCCUUGCCGGUGUCAUCCAAGGGCGUGGCGGAGAGCCCGACGAGAAGAAGCCAGCCACUACCAAGAAGCUUGUUCUCACCACCGACCCUCCCCGUACCAUCACCAAGACUACUACUUAUGUGACCACUGAGACCCCAGAAACCACCACUGUCGUUGUCUCUGGCAACAAGACUCUUACGGUGCCCAUCACUCUCACCAACACCGUUACUGUGACCACCACAUGGUGCGAGGAGGAGGGCAAGACUAUUGUCCCCACCGGCAAGGAGCCAGUGCCCACUGGCGUAAAGCCCCAGCCUAAGCCCAACCCUACUGGUACUGUCAUCCCU